GAGUGAGCCAUUGGAGUGACUUUUGAGCGACUCAAAUCAAUUAACAAGGUUGCUCGUUCAUAUGGAGUCCCUGGUUCGGAGCAGCUAGAAGGAAACUGUAAUGGCUUUAUCACAGAAGAGGAACCGUUUCUUUAUUCCUUACGCGAAUCUCUUCUUCUUCUUAUUGUUCGUCUCUCUGCUCGAUAAAGCUCUAUGCAUCAGGAUUUCGAAUCAGAUCUCGGAUACUGUAGUUGAUUCUCCCGAUCGUCCUUUGAAAUCUGCGGUUUUCGCUCUUGGAAGCUUCUGGAGAUCGGAGGCGGCGUUUGGUUGUAUCAAUGGCGUCGUACGAACAACCGCCGUUUACGCCGGCGGAUUGAAGACGAAUCCGGAGUAUAGGAACUUAGGUGAUCACGCCGAGUCUAUACAGGUUGAAUAUGAUCCAAGGAUAAUUGGUUAUCGUCAGCUCUUAGAAGUAUUCUGGUCUAGUCAUGAUUCCAGACAAGUAUUUGGACAAGGUCCUGAUGUGGGUAACCAAUACAGGUCCUGUAUUUUCACUAAUUCUACAGAAGAGUUGAGACUGGCUUCUACUAGCAAAGAAAGGGAGCAACUUAAAUCAAGAAGCAGUAUUGUGACUACUCAAAUUCAACAGCUAGGGAUGUUUUAUCGCGCAGAACCUGAUCACCAGAAGUUCGAGCUUAAACAACAUCCAUUUCUUAUUCAGCUAAUAGGAAACAUGGCAGAAGAAGAACUCGAGAGAUCAGCUUUAGCCACAAAAUUAAACGGUUAUGCAGCCGAACUCUGUCCGCCUAGAAUCCAGAAACAGAUAGACUCUAGGGUUAAUGAGAUCAUUAGAAAAGGUUGGCCCGUCUUGAGGGACAUAUAAUAUACGCGACUUAAAAGAUCUCCGCGUUCUUGAAUACGAUUGAUAAUCACAAAUGUAAGUUUUGGUUCAUUCUUUUGGCCAGGUUAUUAUUGGUCGUAUAGUUAUCACAACAAUGUUUAUGUCUCUUACUCUUGCCCUCUUGACAUUGUCCUUGAGUGGUGAUUGUUCAGAUUGUUGUCUUGUUUCUUUCAGAUCUCUCACAUCGAGUAUGCUUUUUGUUUUCUUGUAAGCAGUAUUAUUUAGACAUUCAUUGUAUCAUUAUGGUAUUGAUUAUCAAAUUCAUUGAUAUUAUAUA